CCGUCGACCUAUCAUAUCACAACAGUCGAUACCUAAUUGCAAAGUUUUGGAUGUCCUAGCAAAAACAAACUCAUGUUAUGCGACGUGUUGGUCUGAGUGUGGCGGGUGUUUGGAGUGCUGAAUUUGAGAUGAGCAAAAGAUCAGCAAGUGAUGAUGGACCGCAGUCGAAAAAAACACCUGGAUUUUGGGCAAAUGGCCUUUUAACGGCUAUGAAGGACCCUACUUUAAUUGUGAAGGAAGACAGCAAAGUUGUGGUUAUAAAAGAUAAAUAUCCAAAAGCUGAAUUCCAUUAUCUUGUACUUCCAAAGGAAGAUAUACAUUCCUUGACGAAUGUCACUAGAGCUAAUCUACCACUUCUUAAACACAUGGAUAAAAUUGCUCAGGAAAUAUCAAGAAACCAUGAGGAAAGACAGUUCAAGAUUGGUUACCACGCAGUUGCAAGCAUGGCAAGACUACAUUUGCAUGUGAUCAGCGAUGACUUCAACUCACCUUCUCUCAAAACAAAAAAGCACUGGAACACUUUUACGACUGACUUCUUUGUUCCCUCAGCAAAAGUGUUGGCAGAAGUUGAAGAACAUGGUAAAUUUAACCGCAUUUCUAGUGAUGUUGCAAAAAAGUUGAUGGACACACCACUGAAAUGUAAUAAGUGCAGCUUUCAGUCACCAACUAUUCCAAAGUUAAAACAACAUUUACUUACACAUAUAACGAAAAAAUGAAUCAAACUGGACUUCAAAUUGGGAAUAAUGUUCCUACAGUGAUUUUUUUUUGUUUUGUUUUAUGGUACUUCCACUGAAACUGAAAUUUUAUUUUGAAUAGAAAAUGUGAACUUUUGUCAUGGAUUUUAUUUGCAUAAAAUAAAUUGU